UCCCGCCUCUCUGGGACUGAGCGAGCGAGGCGGGAGUUAAGAGGGUCAGGCGGUGACGUUAACUUUCCGCUUUAGGUUACCUUCCGCGGGCGCGGUAGCGGUUAGCAAUUUGGGGAUCAUUUAGCAGGCUCCUGGGUCUGGGGACCUUGGAGAUGCCAUGAGGUCAGUUAGCUACGUGCAGCGCGCUAUUAUGGAGUUCGGUGGGAGCCUCUUCCCGCAUGCAAUCUGCCUCGGGGACGUGGAUAACGACUUGUUAAAUGAACUGGUUGUAGGAGACACCAGCGGAAAGCUGUCUGUCUACAAGAAUGAUGACAGCCGGCCAUGGCUCACCUGCACCUGCCAGGGGAUGUUGACCUGUGUUGGGGUUGGAGAUGUGUGUAAUAAAGGAAAGAACCUGGUGGUGGCAGUGAGCGCCGAAGGCUGGUUUCAUUUGUUUGACCUGACACCUGGCAAGGUCCUGGAUGCCUCUGGACACCACGAAACACUGGUGGGAGAGGAGCAGCGUCCAGUCUUCAAGCAGCACAUCCCAGCCAACACCAAGGUCAUGCUGAUCGGCGACAUCGAUGGAGAUGGGUGUUGUGAACUGGUGGUAGGACACACAGACCGUGUGGUGCACGCCUUCCGCUGGGAAGAGCUGUCUGAGGGUACUGGACACCUGACAGGACAGCUGGUGUCCCUCAAGAAAUGGAUGCUGGAGGGCCAGGUGGACAGUCUCUCGGUGACCCCAGGGCCGCUGGGUGUUCCUGAGCUGAUGGUAUCUCAGCCAGGCUGUGCUUACGCAGUUCUUCUGUGCACCUGGAACAAGGACACUGGAUCUUCCCCUGCCUCUGAGGAGGCCAUAGAGGGCAGCAGAGAGACCGCAGCUGCCCGAGAUGUAGUGCUGCACCAGACAUCCGGCCGUAUCCACAACAAGAACGUCUCUACUCACCUGAUAGGCAACAUCAAACAAGGCCACAACCCUGAGAGGGGUAGCUCUGACCUCUUUGCCCUCUGCACCCUGGAUGGGACUCUGAAGCUCAUGGAGGAAGCAGACAAGCUGCUGUGGUCAGUGCAAGUAGAUCACCAGCUCUUCGCCUUGGAGAAGUUAGAUGUCACAGGUAAUGGACAUGAGGAGGUGGUUGCAUGUGCCUGGGAUGGACAGACGUAUAUUAUCGAUCACAACCGUACUGUUGUCCGCUUCCAAGUGGAUGAAAAUAUCCGCGCCUUCCGUGCAGGCCUGUAUGCCUGCAAAGAGGGCCGCAACAGCCCCUGCCUCGUGUAUGUCACCUUCAACCAGAAGAUCUACGUGUAUUGGGAGGUGCAGCUAGAGCGGAUGGAGUCCAGCAAUCUGCUGAAACUGUUAGAGACUGAGCCCGAGUACCACAGCCUGCUGCAAGAGCUGGGCGUGGAUCCUAAUGACCACUGUGCAGCUCGCACUCUGCUUCGCCAGAUCCUCUACCAUCCAGACCAGCCGCCACAGUGUCCCUCCUCCAGCCCCCAGGACCCCACCUAGUUGGGCUUGGCCUCUCGGCUGCUGAAGGAUGCUCUAAACCCCCACCCCCACCCCAGAGGUGUCCACAAUGUUCACAGGAGAGGGAGUGUACUUAGAGAGGAGCAGGAGUGAAUACUUGGCAUGGGAAGGUGCCAUGACUCUAGCUUGACCAUGAACUAGAAGCCUCUUGGUAUUUUUUUAAUUAAUGAGUAUAGUAUUAGUGAGAAAUACAUAAUAGCUGCAUUCAUUUUGGGAAAUUGGUAUAUUACAUAUCAAUCAUUUUUAAUCCCUUAACCUGCCACCCUUACCUACACCACAAACUGUCUCCCAUGUUUUUUUUGGAGGAGGGGCUUGCUGAGUAGUCCACGCUGGCUUAGAACCUGGUAGG